UGGCGCUGUUCUGUGUUGGGGUGUGUGGAGGGUUGGCUGUGACAUUUUACGGAAUCCGACCUAAUGGGGUUACAGUUACAUGCUCCUCUUUCAAGGCCACCUCUCGAGCAAGACUGCGGCUGUAUAGACACUGCUCAUCCUCCAAAUCCAGGCUAGGGAAUGGCCAGCAAGUUGUGUCCAGGCUUCAAAGGGUCAAUGCCAAAUAUGAGCACUUCCUCCAAAGACGUCCCUCGCUUUUAUGUUCUCUAUAGCACUUUUACGAAAGGAUUUCGGCUCUUUUUCCAAGAUGCCAAAGAGGUGAAGGUGAUAAAAACAAGGAUGCUCACCAACAGAGUCAAAGUCCAGGACUUAACCUAUCGUGAUAUGGAGAAACUCGGGCAGUUUUGCAGAGACAUGAUUAAAGCCAUUCCGCUGCUGUUAAUUUCUAUUCCUCCAUUUGCCAACUAUCUGGUGUUUGUCCUAAUGUACCUUUUCCUCCGCCAGCUCCUGAUCCGCCACUUCUGGACCCGCCAGCAGCAGACAGAGUUCCAGGAAGUGAACCAUUCCCACAGUGUCCAACACCACUGGGCAGUGGGCUUGAGAGUGCAGGUGCAAAUUGGGGUACAUAUCUGACAUCCAGGCAAUUCGAGACUUGUUUUCUGGACCUCCCCUGGGUAUCAAGAGAAUGAACGCAGAUCAGAUGGUCAGUGCUUCCUUUUAUUCAGAAAUUUCCUGAAAAACGAGUCAUGGGUUUACGGAAUGGAUGUCAGACCUACUGGAUUUGCCUCGUCAGAAAUACACAACAUACAGUGAGCUCAAAGUAUUAGGACAGUGACACUUUUGUUGGGGCUCUGUACUCUAAUACUUUGGAUUUGAAAUAAUACAAUGACUGAGGUUAAAGUUUCGCCUGUCAGAUUUAAUUUGAAGGUAUUUUCAUCCACACCGGGUGAACCGUUUUAGAAAUUACCACCCUUUUUGAACAUACUAAGUCCCCCCAUUGUAGGAGACCAAAAUGAUUGGGGAAAAUUCACUUCUGUGUAUAAAGUAGAAAAACAUUUAGUAUUUGGUCCCCUAUUCAUAGCACACAAGGACUACAUCAUGGUAAGUCAUUUAAAAGUCACUGUAAAUAAGAAUAUAAUGUUUCUAAACACUUCUACAUUUAACUUUUUUACUACAAGUGAAUUUGUCACAAUACUUUUGGUACCAUAAAAUGGGGGGACUAUGUACAAAAAGUGCUGGAAUUUCUAAACAAUUCACUCAUGUGCAUGAAAAUACCAUCCAGUUAAAGCUAACAGUCUGCACUUUAAUCUAAGUCAUUGUAUAAUUUCAAAUCCAAAAAGUGCUGGAGUACAGAGCCAAAACAACAAAUAAUAUAACACUGUCCCAAUACUUUGAGCUCACUGUAAGCCUCUUUGUCUCCAGAGGCAACUCUGUCCCCUGUUCUUCCUGACUCCCCGCUUCCCAACUCCCAGGAUUGCCACUCGACUGAACAGCCACGGCAUAGAGCUACUACAGCUGGACCGUGCUCUCAGCAGACAUGGCCUGCACCAGUUGGAUGACUCAGAGCUGAGACAGAAUGGACCAUUAUCAUGCACCCGUCUCGAAACAGGGGAAUGGGAAGAAAAAAAAAUACAUCAUCUAUGCACUUAGAGCGAACGGAGGAAGCUUUUCCCGUGGUUCAUUUUCAUGCCAGACAGGUAGGUAGGCUAUACUCCUGUUGUAAAGAUAAGCAAUGUGGUUAAUAUUAGAGAAGUUGAGAAAUAAAUAGUAUGUCUAGCCUAUAAAAAGCUGAUGGGAUCCCCUCUUUAGGCCAUCACUCUGUUUUCUCAGCAAUUGCAUAGCCUAUAGAAAUGUUGCGCAACAUGAGCUCUAAGUGUUUUAGAUUUGAUUAAUUUUGCAUUGAUGUCAAGUGAUUACAGGGACAAUAGAGUGCUGAGUACCAGGCAGUUAGCAAGUUUGGUAGGGUACUAAUGACCAUCAGCAGCAUCAGAGCUUGGAGAAGCCUAAUUAUCGUCAAUAAACGGUCACUGGUAUUACGGUCAACGUAACAGCCCUAGUCAAAGGGUCUGAAUACUUUCAGAAUGCACUCUGUCAGCAAAAACCCAAAUGGAUCAAAUACUAGUAAUUUGCCACUAGUUCAAUUGAUAACUCAACCCUGGUCUUGUCAGGCCUGCUGUCAAGGGGCUUGACUCUGGCAGUCUCAGCAUCAACCAGUGCCUGGAAUGGCUUUCAGUGGCUCCAGUUCUCCUCUCGUCCAAAAGGGAUCUAUUCCCUCUCUCCCGACAGUGUUUUUCUUUCUUUGUUGGGAGACCGAUGUAAAUAUGGCUUAUUGUCCUCAUGCCUCUAUGUCCCAGAGUCAGAGGUCUCUGCUUCUGCAUAGCAUGGUCUUGCUCUCUACCAACUACCCAAAGCCCUACCAACAUUAACAGGAAGGAACAAGGAGUGAUCUGCCACUUCCAUUAAUUCAGCCAUCUCUCACCAUGCUGGGCAGGGCAACUUUCCUAUAGGCCGUCAACAUCUGCAGUCUACCAACGCAAUGGAAUAAACACCAGGCUUUACAACUCAUCUCACUUUUAGGGCAAAGUGAUUACUUGAUACAUUGCAUUUCUGUGGUGAUUGUGACAGAAAUGUGAUAACAUUGCAAUGUCUCAAACUGGUCGGUAAUUUCAGGCUCCAAAUCAAAUCUUAUUUGCUUAUUUGCUAUACCCCAACAUUUUGUUUGAGAAAACUGUCAGAGUUAAAUGCGAUGGAAACCCAUUUUACUCUUUUCAUUAGUCCACUGUUGAUACAGUUCCAAAAUGUUUUGCAUGUCUGCAGUCAAAUUAGCAAGAUGAAGCGCUUAAGUCAAAUCUUUAAUUUGACUGCUGACAUGAAAAACAACUAUCAGUGGACUAAUAAAGAAAAAAAAAUACCAAAAGUUUGAGGGGAGUAAUCUGAUUACAAUUGGACAGGUAACCAGUAACGAACAGAUUACAUUUAGAAAGUAACCUACCCAACCCUGUACAGUGGGUUGUAAUAAGGAUGCUUUUGACAUUGGGGAAAAGCAAAGAGCAACUACUGAUAGUAGAGUAGUAAGUGCAAUGUAUUAUAUAAUGUUGCUUUACAUUAGCACCUAAUGUUGAUUGCCAAUGCUGUAUUAAGGUGAUACUGGCUCUCAGGACACUGGUGAAUAAUCACUGCAAUUCAACAGGCCAUUAGACAUAUUUAAAAAUGUUUCAGCUAUGAUGGCACUUUACUUUUUCAAGCAUUGUUUAGUUGAUAGGAAAUGCAUUUCAUGUUGGAAAAAUUGUUAGAACUUUAUUCACCAACCAGUGACAAACUGCACAGCUACAGUAAAUGGCAAAUGCCCUCUCAAUCAAUGUGCCUUGCUGGUGGAUGGGUGCAAUCCAUUUAAAAAUGUAUGGGAUUGCCAGUCAGUCAUUUUGAAGUUGCCAAUAAGAUUCUCAGAUAAAUAUGCAAACUGUUUUGUAUUUUUUACAAAAUGCAUUUGAUCUACUUGUUCAACUCCUUUGGGGCUUUGGAAUCCAUUAUCUGGUGUAUUAAGGUCAUGUUUCUGAAAUAAAAUAUACCACCUAAAGUACUUGUCAAUGUAGAGAAAUGCUCUUAUUUACAGUAAGAACCAGUUGACCUGCACAUUGCAUGUUUACAAGCAUUGUCAUCACCAAUUAUUUAAAUAAACCUACAGCCUUGUCCUUGAAUGCAAAUUUACUGAACAUACUUAAUGUCAAUGCAACAAUUUCACUGAGUUACAGUUCAUAAGGAAAUCAGUCACAUACCUUAGAGGUUUGGGCAUGGAUCAGAAAUCAAUUAGUGUCUGGUGUGACCAUUUGCCUCAUGCAGCAUCUCCUUUGAUCUGGCUGUU